CCCUGCAGCUGCCCUCAGGCUCCCGUGCGCUCAGGUUGUGCCUGCGGCCCCGUUGGCUUUGUGCGGCUGUGGGUGCAUGUGCCCUGUGUGCCCUGCCAGAGUUUGUUUAUUCUUGGGUCCCCACAGUGCCCAGGACCUUGAAAGAGGAGCGCUCUGUGCUCUGCAAGUACCGAAGAACGGGGGCGUGCGCGCUGGGCUCGCACUGUCGGAAGGCUCUGUAGGGGCUUGUAACCCAUGGGAUAGGUGAGAGCUCGGCGGACUCGCUCCCGCCGGGUACACGGCGAGCAGGGCUCCUUCGGGGAGAAGCAGAGCUGCCCUCCUCCGGGUGGUCCCUGAGGAGCUCGCUGUCCACUCGGCAAGAGGAUGCUUCCGCCAUUCACGGGGGCCACUAGUUAUGUUCUGGGCCGCGAGGAUACGUGGCCAUCUCCAGGUGCUGGAAGUGUUGUAAUUGUCUGGCCUGAGCCUGAAGCUCUUCCUGAAACUCCAGCUUUGGAUGCUGAACUGCUACCUGAUGUCCUCACUGCCUCUCUUGUGACAUCUCACCUCCGUGUGGUCCAGAUCUCACACCGUGUCACUCAGUUACUCAGGCUGCAGACUAAGAGCCAUCCUCAGGCCCUUCUUCCAGGAAGACAUGGCUGCUCACGUCGGAGCUUCCCGGACCCCCCAGGAAGUGAUGGAGCACUAUACAUCUCGGCGGCCGAGCAGCAGCAGCUGGGCUACAUGCCGCUGCGCGACGACUACGAGGUCGAGUACGACCAGGACGCCGAGACGCUCAUCAGCGGGCUCUCGGUGAACUACGACGACGAGGACGUGGAGGUGGAGCUCAAGCGCGCGCACGUGGACAUGUACGUGCGCAAGCUCCGCGAGCGGCAGCGGCGCAAGAACAUCGCGCGGGACUACAGCCUGGUGCCCGCCUUCCUGGGCCGGGAGCGCAAGGACCGGGAGAGGGCGGCCAAGCGCAAGGUCUGCAAGGAGGAGCGCGAGCUGCGCCUCAAGCUGCGGCCGCUCUACCAGUUCAUGUCCUGCAAGGAGUCCGACGACCUGUUCGAGAACAUGCACAAGGAGAGGCUGCUGCGCGCCAGGAUCCGCGAGCUGCAGCGCUACCGGCGCAACGGCAUCACCAAGAUGGAGGAGUCGGCCGAGUUCGAGGCGGCGCGGCACAAGCGCGAGAAGCGCAAGGAGAACAAGGGCGCGGCGGGCGCCAGGCGCGGCCGCGAGGACGGCAAGGACGCCGAGUUCGCCGCCAUGGAGAACCUGCCCGGCUUCGAGCUGCUGUCGGACCGCGAGAAGGUGCUGUGCAGCUCGCUGAACCUGAGCCCCGCGCGCUACGUGACCGCGAAGACCAUCAUCAUCAAGGACCACCUGCAGAAGCGCCAGGGCAUCCCCUCCAAAAGCCGCCUGCCCAGCUACUUGGACAAGGUCCUGAAGAAACGGAUCCUGAACUUCCUCACGGAGAGUGGCUGGAUAUCCAGGGACGCCUCCUGAAGCCCAGGCGCUCCGAAGGCUGGGGUGAUGCCAAUAGCUCGUGAGCCAAAUGACUUGGGGGCUGAGGGGUGCCUCCCCCCGUUGUUUCUCUUUUUUAAACAAAUUGAGUUCCCUUUUUUAGGAUAUAAAUUCUUUUCAUGGUCCUAUGAAAGAAGCAAUAGUAACAAUCUUAUUUCGGAUCAUGGGGGAAACAAAUACGUGUAUAUUUUAACUUAGUCCUAAAAGUAAUACUUCAGAUGACAAUUUGCCUUUACAUGUUCGGUUUGCAGCACAUGAGAUCGGGUGAUUACUCUGAGCCUCCUCCCUUUGGUUACACAACUGUGCUGCGGGUACAAGGGGCAGCUUUUCCUGCUGGGCCCACCGGCCACCAGCGUUCCUCGGUGGCACCUAGCUCUGGCUGGUGCUCAGGAGGCUCCCCUGGAGGACCUACCGCUGCACGCGACACCCACGCGUGGCACUUUAGAUGGAGCCCGCGGGGUGGGUGGGCAGUGAGGCCAGGGAGCCACAGGUUGUUUUCUUUGCAACGUUAGAGGAAGAAUCUUAGGUAGAGCAGUGCUGGCAACGGCAGUUUGAGCUCGUAGUUCCCAAUCCCAGCACCGCCCUGACCUCCUUUGCUGUGGGCAGAGCCCCCUCGGCUCCCGGUGGGGAAGAGCAGCUCCCCUGGGUGGGCAAGCUCCCUGGCGUACAGAGAAGGCCCGGGGGCAGGGAGCACAUUAGUGGGUCACACACACCUUCAAACCGAGCCGGCUUCCCUAGGGGGCUUCUGCUGGCUGUGCAUUCUACUCGGAAGAACACAUUCAGAAAGUUCAAGGCUAAGAAUUUGAGUUCUGGUGUUUGUUUUCUCCCAGGAUCCUCGUCUUAGUUUAAGCACUUCUUGCUGAAGCUGACCAUGCUCGCCCUGCUAAGCGUCUUCCUAGGGCCUUAGGCCGUGUCAGGUGCUGAGCACCAGGGCAGCUCACGGGGCGGCUCUGUGGACUGCUGCCUCUCCCGAUUGCUGUCCUGAACCAGACCCCGGCGUGGCUCCUGCCCAGCCCUGUCGGUUUUCCAGAGGCCGUGUCACGGCCGUACACGGUCCCUUCCAGGGGCUCGAGGAAGCCAUCUGUCCUCCAGCUGCUCAGGGUUCUCCUGCCCAAGACCCUGCUGUAGGAGGCGGCAGAGCGACAGCACACCCGGCUCUCCACUCCGCCCGGAGCUUGCCCUGCUGCUCCUGCCCCCACAGCUCAAAACAAGACUGUUUACCUCCCAGAGUAUUUGGGCCUGAAAUUAAAGCGAAGUUAUUUGAAAGAAAAAAGAACAACCUCAUUUCCAAGGACUUAAUUACGGUGCCUUUUCCUUUCCUUUUACAUCCUGUUUCCCCUUGGGUAAAAUUUUCAGCAUUAAACAAAACAUUUCAAUUACGUAGUAUAUGGCUUUAGUUGCAAAAUGCACUGCAUGCUGGCAGAGAAAUGUUCCCUGUUAACUAAGCCCAGGACUUCUCUGUGACAACAGGGAAGAGUGAGCAGUGGUUCCUCCUGAGGCCUCCCGACUGCCCUGAGCAGUGAGGGAGCCGGUGCUAAGCUGUUGACCGGUGUCUCAGCCAGUGGUUCUCACCUGGGCUUCCUGGGCCAGCAUCAGCAUCCUGGGGGACGCUGGGGGAUGCAGACCUUUAGCCCCCACCUGGUUCUGCUGAAUCACACACUCCAGGUGGGCGGGGGCGGGGGGACAGACGUUGCCAGCCUUCCCCAGGUGAGGGCCACUGCAGAUGGCUCCUCUGGUGGUGUCAUUCAGCCAUUUCCACAUCAGAUUUCUAGUUCCUAGUUCCAGGCGGCUUUAACUUUAGUCUUAUUUUUAUAUAUGAUUGCCAGGCUUUGAUUAAGUUUGAGAAACAAGAUUCCUGUAAAUGUGUGUGGCCCAGGCCAAGAGCUGUUAAAUGAAAAACUGCUUAAGCAGGUUUCUAAUAUGUGUAUUUUUUUGAUGGUGUGAAGAAUUUCCUUAGGCUUGACUGUUUUUAAAACACCGUAAUGAAUGUAUAAUUUAUGUUGAAGUAUUAACACUUUAUUCCAAUUAA